GUCCUUUUACUUCCAUUAUAAAUUUUGGGGAGUCCAUUCGUUACCUAUUUUGACGACAAUUUCUCCAGAUCUUCGGAUUUUGCAGCCUUUCGCCUCUGCAAAAUCUCCGUCAAGCCUCCUCAAAUCUCGAUCAAGUGCGUUACAGGGUAAGAACCGUCUUGGUUGAUUUAUCGACCAUUUUCGGAGUCAACAUUUAUUCAUACAUACGGCUUGGGGGAAAUGUCUCCAACCCAUAUUUUCCGGGCGAUGCAGCCCCUCCGGUCCUCCAUCAUCCGAAGAACCACGACAACCUCCUCUACAGCAGAACUGGCGUCUCUCUAUUCCACUCGACCAGCUUUCAUUCCCCGCCGAUCCCUAUCCUCUACCCCUUCUCCAGCCUCAGAGCUUCAAGAGCAGCAGCAGCAGCCGCAGCCGCAGCCGCAGCAACAACAAACCACCCUCCCAUCCACCACUACCGCCACCACCCUCCCCUCUCUCCGCAACUACCCCUACAGCCUGAAAACCGGCACCGUCGUUUCCGUCGGCCACAUGGACCGCACCGUCCGCGUCGACCACCGCCACACCAUGUGGGACAGCUAUCUACGCAAGAGCUACCCCAAGAUCACAACCUACCUGGUCUCGGAUCCGCAGAACUCGCUGCGCGAGGGUGACGUGAUUGAGUUCUCGUCUGGGUUCCCGAAGAGCCGUCGCGUGCGUCAUGUCGUAGAGCGGAUCAUUGCGCCAUUUGGAGAAUCCAUUGAGGGUCGUCCGGCGGUUUUGUCCCGGGAGGAGAGGGAUGCGCUACGUGCACAGAAGCGGGCGGCCAAGGCUACCAGGAGGGAAGAGAGGAGAGGGGAGGAGGAGGAGGAGGUGCAAAUGCAGGGACAGGGACAGAUCCAUGGACAUGAACAUGUCGGGCGUAUUCGGAGGUUGGUUUUGGAGCGGACUACCUCUACUCAGGCAUAGAUGAUGCAAUGGGGGGUUGUAGUUUAGGCAAGGUGGUUGGGGGAGGAGAUGUGUAUUAUAUUGUUAUAUUAGAUAGUUCAUAAGGUAUUUCAUACUAUGGGUAUGUUUUGCUGGGAAUAGAUUGUUAUAAAAGCUACCUGCGGGCUUUCCACAU